ACCAUACAACGGCAUCCAUUUUCGAAAAUAGGAAAUCUGGAAUUGAAAUAACUACAUAAUUGACGACAAUCAGGAUUUAAGAAAAGAACACGACAUGAUUGAAAUGUAACCGACACUGCUCUCAUAGUGUUAAAUCGAAAGGAAACAAACCAGAUUUGACGCAUUCACAAUUCAUUCGUCCGAGGUUCACAAACAAAAAAUCCAAAAUGGCGGGGAUGGACGAAAGUACGAUGCACAUAAAGUUGACGCUAGCUCUGUUGAUUCUCGCUAAUAUUGCUAACAUUGUUAUGAUGGCGACUCCAGAGUGGAUGAGCUAUAUGGUAUGGGAUGAAGGGGCCUGGUGGUUUUACGGAAUGUGGUUCAGAUGUCGAACUCAAACAGCUUACACCGUCUGUGAUGGCAUACCGACAAACAGAGCACCUGGAAUGCACCCAUGGUUCGUCGCGACACAAGUGUUUGCCAACUUUGGCUUCUCUACGCUCAUCCUUGCCUUGAUCGCCAACUUACUCUAUAUCUAUGUGGGAUAUUGUUACAGAAAGCUGGAUGAUAGCAAAUGGUUGGCCAUGCUCGUUUCAUUCCUCUCCUGGGUGUCGUGUGUGCUGAUCUUUUUUGCCAGUGUUAUUUUCGCAUUCAAGUACAACGAGGAGUCUAGGGGUCUUUUCGGACUGAGACUCAGCUAUUCGUGGGGAAUGUCUGUUGUAUGUUGGAUGUCCUCGGGACUUGCAGGAUCGUUUGCCGCCAGGGACGCCUAUAUCACGUGGAAAAUAUACGAACACGAGGGAAGUUUGUACAAUUACGCCGGAACCGGAAAUGAAUCUGUAUAUACAGCGCCAUCUGUUGCAAGACCGGGCAUUCGAUACAAUCAAGAAUUCGAACAAUAGACUACAACCGGAGGAAUAUUCGAGUUGCCAUUUAUACAAACCUUUUGUAAAAGAUGCUAAAUCAAUAUACUAAAUGCGAGUAGAAAUCAUCUUGAUUUACUUCAUUAAAUAUUCAAAAUUCAGUUAAAGGGAUAUCAUAUUAAAAGUCUACAU